CAAGUCCGACUUUGCUCAACAAGUGUCUUCUGUAUUGUUGUGCCCGUUAUAUCGAACACAACCGUUCCUCGCUGAUCGGGCGCGCUCUCUUUUUUUACCUUCUCGUAUGGUUUUUUUAUUUUUUUAAUUUCUAUCCUACCCCAAAACAUGAACUCUCUUCCUUAGGUCUAUCGUCAAAUCUGAACAUUUCAUAUGUAUUAUUUUAUGUUUCGGAAACGUCUCGGCUGUUUACUGUUCAGAAAUAUACUCAAAAGUUGAAGCAAAAAGUGUGCAAGCAAACACCAUUAAAAGCGUCGACCACUGGAGUGCAAGACAUCGCACAUGACAGAACAACUGCCCUUUUGCAAGACUCAAUCUUCUUCCAUGAAAAACUCUCUAAUAAUUAUAUUGGAAAACGUUUUCUAUGUAUUGUAUUGUUUACAAAUGGGUGAAUAGAAAACUUUCAUUGUUAUAUUGAAGUGGAGUAAAAUUAUAAAAGGAACAACCAUAUAACGAAAAAGAUUGAGUGGAAAUACAAAGGGUAAAAAUUUUAAAUAUAAAACAAAAAGCUCAAAUUAAAUCCAAAACCGGAAAUACCAAUGAAAAUUAGCAAUAUACGUAUUUAGAAUUAAAGCAAUAUUUCAAGAAAAAAAUUAAUGCAAAUAUCUUAUUUGGAGCUCAAGCUAUAGCUUUAAACCUGUUAUUAUUUUUAUAUUAUAUUUUUGUCAUAUUAUUGAAAAUUUGUGAUUAUCAAGAUGCCCCGAUGUUAUAUGGUAAAAAAAUUGGGACCAAAACUACAAAAUACUUUUACUAUCAAAUUAGAAAAUCGUUCGAGAACAGACACUGAAUCACCACCACCGUUUACUGAUCCAGCAUCAGUUAAAAUGUACAAACCACUGGAAUCUGUUGCUAUAUCAAAACAUAAAGAUUACUUAAAGUAUUGUUAUGAGCUAGACCAAAAGCAAAUUUUACUAAAAGAAAGGAGUAAAGAAGAAACAGAGGCAGCACAUGAUUUGCUAGAACUUUCUCGAUCGCUACCACCAUUACCACCUCCAAGUACAGUUACAAUAGCAGUGCCUACGCCACCUGAAACUCCUGUAGCUGUCGGAGAUAGUGCACCUCAAUCUCCCCAGUUUGUUUAUGUAUCAGCUGUGUCUAUUCCUUUAACUCCUCCGACGUCAGAAUACUCAUCAGAUGCUGAAAAUACUCCAACCGCUACAGAUAUUACAACAUCGGUAUAUAGUUUAACUGAAUACAUGAUCGAGCGUGGUGAUUUUGAUCCACUGUUAUCAAAAGAUAUAAAUGCUAAAGAUAAAAAAAACAUAAUCGCCAAGACAUCAAAUACUGUUCACAAUAACAUCAACAAAGCGAGAUAUACAUGUUCAGACUGUGGCAAGCAUUAUGCGACUUCAUCAAACUUAUCUAGACAUAGACAGACCCAUAGGAGUCUUGACUCUCAGUCUGCCAAACGGUGCGUGACGUGCGGAAAAGCGUACGUGAGCAUGCCAGCCUUAGCUAUGCACUUGCUCACUCACAAGCUCUCACACGCGUGUGGAGUUUGCGGUAAAAUGUUUAGCCGACCAUGGUUACUGCAAGGACACCUGCGGUCUCAUACCGGUGAAAAACCGUACGGCUGUGCGCAGUGUGGCAAAGCUUUUGCUGACCGUUCCAACCUAAGAGCCCACAUGAUGACUCAUUCUGGUGAUAAGAAUUUCACUUGUCAUUGGUGCCGCAAGUCAUUUGCUCUUAAGUCUUAUCUCAACAAACAUCUUGAAGCCGGAUGUGCUCCAGCCUGUCCGCUGACUUCUGACAUAUCAGCCACUACUGACCAACAACAAUUGGAUAAAAGUUUGGACGAAUAACGGUGCGCUCAGCAGCCACCCCAGCGAACUUCUGUUAUACAGUUCGCCGCUGUGGUCGCUGCAGACGAUUAAAAUGUAUUAAUAAAUUUAUGACCUAGUAAAAAUUACAUUAAUUAUUAUGUUGAGUGAAUAUAUAUAUAUAUAUAUAUAUAUAUAUA